AGAGAAGCAUUACCGCAGUAAAAGUGCUACAUAAUAGUAUACACACUUGUACGUGUACGCGAUGAUUUCGUGAUUUAUUGUGAUUUUGAAUGAAAGAAAAAAACACUUGAUGAAUAUUAAUGUGAUUAUAUUAACAAGUGCCACAUAAAAAAAAAAUAAUGGCUAUGGAUCGAACGAUGUACGGAAAAGUAGAACCAAGCGCUAUCUAUCAGCCCUAUAAAAUCACCAUUAAAAAGGGUUCACCACCAGGAUAUGCGCUGCUGGCGGACCUGCAGAACACAGUGUCGUCGGAAGGAAAUCAUGUCGGCAGCAACGCGACUCCUGGUUACGGAUCAUUGAACGGCGCACGAACCACCGCCUAUAGAUCUUACGAUAAUCGAACUUCUCCCCUUCCGCCGCAAUCGCCGACGUAUCAGAACCGCGAGGCCAUAGAGGAGAGCAUCGCGAAGAGCAACGCAGGAGGAAAGAUGCCCUCGCUGAACAACAACCUCUCCGAGCUGGACACUCUGCUCCAAGACCUCAGCAAUGCUCGUUACAAUGCUCACUAUCAGGAAAGAGAGAAUCGCGUUUCCUCGGGAGGAAUGAACGGAGACUCUAGUCCAAUGCUUCGUUCUCCAAGUAGCAUGUCAGCCUCGAGGCCCACCGUGGAUUCUUUGCUCGAGGAAUUGAGCACCGCGGUACCAAACGGGGAUUACCCAUCCUCCGAUGGCAGAGUGAAAGUGACCAUUCAGGAAACCUCGACGGAGAUCCAACCCGUGUACGACGAUUAUCCUUCUAGACAGCAUGGAUCGUUGAGUCGUAGCGAGGUCCAGAAAAAUUUUACCAAUGGUCACACAGCCAGUAACGCUACCAAGGAGCUGGACGAUUUAAUGGCUUCUCUGUCUGAAUUCAAGAUCAAUAGUAGUUCCCAUCAACAUCAAACGGUGACCGAUUCACCGUACGCGAAGCCGAACAAAGCGACCAAGAGUUCUCAGAGCCCGUUGCCACCUGAGGGGACACAGACGCGGAUUCACAUCACCGAGACACACACAACUCAUCAUUAUCAGCAACAACACGGAGAGCCCUAUUCACCGCAGCCAGCGACACAGACCAAACAGAAUCAGUUAGAUUCUAUGCUAGGAAACCUUCAAGCCGACAUGAGUCGUCAAGGUGUGAACACUACUCAGAAAGGAUGCUGCAACGCCUGCGAGAAGCCGAUCGUUGGACAAGUGAUCACCGCAUUAGGAAAAACCUGGCACCCGGAACACUUCACAUGCACCCAUUGUAACCAAGAACUAGGCACGAGGAAUUUCUUCGAGAGAGAAGGGCAUCCUUACUGCGAGCCUGAUUACCAUAAUCUCUUCUCGCCUCGUUGCGCCUAUUGUAACGGCCCUAUUCUAGACAAAUGCGUAACAGCUCUGGAAAAAACUUGGCACACCGAGCACUUCUUUUGCGCUCAGUGCGGUAAACAAUUCGGCGAGGAGGGAUUCCACGAACGAGAUGGAAAGCCGUACUGCAGGGAGGAUUACUUCGAUAUGUUCGCUCCGAAAUGCGGCGGAUGCAACCGUGCCAUUAUGGAGAAUUACAUAUCCGCGUUGAACAGCCAAUGGCAUCCGGAUUGUUUCGUGUGCAGGGAUUGCAAGAAGCCAGUUUCCGGGAAGUCGUUUUACGCGAUGGAGGGUAAACCAGUUUGCCCGAAAUGCGUCGGUGUCGAUGAGGACGAAGAGGAAGAGGAGGAAGAUUGUAGACAAAAGUUCCAAGGGGGCUCGUUCUUUGAUCACGAAGGUUUACCCUAUUGCGAAACUCAUUAUCACGCUAAGAGGGGAUCGCUAUGCGCAGGAUGUCAUAAACCAAUUACAGGUCGUUGCAUAACAGCCAUGUUCCGGAAAUUCCAUCCAGAACAUUUUGUAUGCGCGUUUUGUUUAAAGCAAUUGAACAAAGGUACAUUUAAGGAACAGAACGACAAACCAUAUUGCCACGGAUGCUUCGAGAAGUUGUUCGGCUAAAAUUUUUACCGCUAAAGUAUUCGUAUUUGUAACAUAAGAACGACGAACCAGGCUGUUUCGCUCUGGGUACUACUUACAAUUUUAUAGGCCGCUCACAUAUGCCUAUACCACGUAGAAUAUGUAAUCGCUUUAGUCGUUAUACGGAACCCACACGUAUAAUCUCACGAUCUUCAAGCUUCUUGUCGUGAACACGAAACGAAACAGCCUUUCGAGGUUUUUUCUUUCUUUUUUUUUUUUUUUUUUCCUUGUAGAAACCUCGAUA